ACUUUUGCGUCUGUAGAAGAAAGAAACAAAAUAAUUGGAAAAUGUACGAAAGAGAACCGUUUUCCUGAAGGUAUAUUUUGUUUGAUACGCCAGAACUCGUCGUCGUUGCCUAGCCGCUCGGAUACGAUCACGAAACUGUGGCACGAUAAUAAGGGAUCAAUUUUUCUUUAAUUCCACUACUUGCUGCCUGCUGACGUGAAAUACCACCUCGACCCCAGAACAGCAUCUGAUUUUUAACUCAGUCAUUUUCCUUCAUUGAGUCAUGUCUUUCACAAAACCAUUGCUUCUGUUUAUUGUCCUGAUUGAAUUUAAAACACCAGUCUUUUCACGAAGAACAAGUCCAGAAGAUUACUUCUCACAUGAAACAGAUGUGUUACCAGAUCAGCUUUCCUGGCUAUCUAAUAGAAGAAAAAGUUCAGAAUAUUCCAGCUAUGGAACUCCAAGAUCAGGAGGAAGGUCACUAAAUAAAAAUCCUAACAUUAUACUUGUAAUGACUGACGAUCAAGAUGUUGAAUUAGGGUCAUUAAACUUUAUGCCAAAGACUUUGAGGAUACUUGGUGAAGGGGGUGCUCGUUUUCCUAAUGCUUACGUCACAACUCCAAUGUGUUGCCCUUCUCGAAGUUCAAUGCUAACUGGCCUUUAUGUACAUAAUCAUAAUGUUUACACCAACAAUGACAACUGUAGUUCUUCAAAGUGGCAACAGGAGCACGAGACACGAACAUUUGCAGCGUAUCUGAGCAACGCUGGGUACCGAACAGCUUAUUUUGGCAAGUAUUUGAAUGAGUAUAAUGGGAACUAUAUACCACCUGGUUGGAGAGAGUGGGCUGGUCUGAUAAGGAAUUCACGAUUUUAUAACUAUACAAUCAAUAUGAAUGGUAAAAAAAUCAAACAUGGUGAUGACUAUUACCAAGACUACUAUCCCGAUUUGAUUGCUAAUGACAGUGUGGCCUUUCUACGACAAUCAAAACAGUUUUUUUCCAAAAAGCCUGUAAUGCUGGUGAUGUCCUUCCCAUCACCUCAUGGACCUGAGAAUGCUGCUCCCCAGCAUCAACAUCUUUUUCACAACAUCACUACACACAGGACACCAAGUUGGGACUAUGCCCCAAAUAAGGACAAACAGUGGCUUCUUCGUUAUACAGGAAAAAUGGAACCCAUCCAUAUGAAAUUUACUGAUGUUCUUCAUACUAAGCGAUUACAGACCUUACAGUCAGUUGAUGAUGCUAUAGAAAAACUGUACAAUGAGUUAAAAUAUCUUGGAGAACUUGAAAACACCUACAUAUUUUAUACAUCUGAUCAUGGCUAUCAUUUGGGUCAGUUUGGUCUAGUGAAAGGGAAAUCUCAGCCAUUUGAAUUUGAUGUUCGUGUCCCUUUCUUGGUGCGAGGACCUUUUGUUCCCAAAGGAGUAAGGAUUUCUGACAUUGUCAUUAAUGUAGAUUUGGCACCAACGUUUCUAGAAUUGGGAGGAGUUGAAGUACCUAAACACAUGGAUGGGAAAUCCAUUGUUCCCCUUCUGAAAGAUGCAUAUGAACAAUUUAGUAAAUCAAAAGAAGUCUCUAAAGAAGUGAGACCAAAGAAAGGCUGGAGAGAGAGUUUUCUUAUUGAAAGAGGGAAACUCACCAAGCUCUACAAAGACUUGGACUCUCUUCCAACUGUAAAACCAAUGAAGAAAAGACAGUUGAUUGCUGGUAAUUGUGGAAAAUCAGAAUAUUCAUCUCCAUGUAAGCCUUACCAGACGUGGGAAUGUUUGCACGAUGGUCAGCGUUGGCGGGUUCGUAAGUGCCGAAAUAAGAAGAAGAAAAACUGCUGGUGUGAAGAUGAUGAUGAUGGUGUCUUUGCUGAGUACAUUAGUAGAGCCUUGGAUACCAAACAACAUCUACAAAGUGAUAUUCCUUCUGAUUUCCUGGGUAUUGAAGGCAAGAAGGCAAUGAAACCACAGGAAAGGCGUCUUCAGAGAAAAUUCCUUAAAGAACACGUUAACCAAGGUUUCAGACCCAUCUUUAUUGGAUCUCGCAGAAAACGGGAAAUUUUGGUUUCAAGACCUGACGAAUAUUUUGAUAUAAAUGGUGUGAUAGGAUUAUCACACUGGCUGGAUUUUACUGUUAAAGAUUCUGCACAGUUGCAGGUAAACUCCAGUGCAGGUCUAGUGUGGUUUUAUGAUGAUGACCUUGGCAUGGGAAUCCCAGAGUAUGAAAACAGCUUAGACCAAAAUAUUGAACAUAAAAUUUCUGUGAGAUCAGUGUCAAAACUCGUACAACCAAGUGGUUAUGAAGCCACAUUCCACCCCCAUGGCUGUGUGGCACUCUCCAAUAAUUCUGUUAUCUGUGUGGAUCCUGUCUAUUAUGAUAAAAAGAGCUGGAGGAUGAACAAGAAUCAGCUUGAUGUAGUAAUUAAAGGCUUGAAGAGUAAAUUGUAUGAACUGAAGGGACUUCGACGUCAACUCCAAAAGAAGCGACCCCCAACUGGUGAUGAAAGUAGUGGGUACUUCACCCAAGUAAAGGAUUAUCCAGUAACCAGUGGCCGAAGGUGUCACUGUGAUGAUGAAGAAGAACAACAUAGUUUGAAAGCGUGGAGAACAGGACAGCGUGAAGCUCGAAGAGUUGCUCGCCAGCAAAAACAAGAAGCUCGUUUGAAGAAAAAAGAAAAAAAGAAUCGACGUAAAGCCAAGUAUAAGGGAUUUGAAUGUAAUGCUGCAAAGAUGAAUUGUUUUACCCAUGAUGAUAAACAUUGGAAAACACCACCCUACUGGACUUAUGGCCCUUUUUGCUUCUGCCAGAACUCAAAUAACAAUACGUACUGGUGUUUACGGACCAUUAAUUCCACACACAACUUCCUGUAUUGUGAAUUUGUAACUGGUUUUAUUAUUUACUUUGAUCUCCGUUCGGAUCCUUACCAGUUGAGAAAUGCUGUAUAUGAUUUGGAACUAUUUAAACUACAAGAUAUGAGACGGCAGUUAAAUCAGCUCAGAAGGUGUAAAGGAGCAGAGGAAUGUACCAUAAAAUCCCAAUUACAAGAUCAGGAAAGACUGGAAGACCACAUUUCAUCUUAUUCGUCCCGUUUUUCUGUUUUUAGAUCCUCGGAAAUAAGACGGAGACAGCACAAACAAGAAAAAGACAGAUUAUUGUUAUCUAGUAACAAAAGGACAAAUCUAGCCAACUAGUUGGUAUGCCCAUUGUCUUCAUUAUGCUGGAAUGGCUGAGAAAAGUUCCUUCUAACUGUAAAUAGGUAUCUUUUUUUUUUUUUUAGUAAGAUGCUAAAUUUUUCCAAGUGAUCCUACAUAUCCUAGUGUUUAUCUCUGUAUUCUUUUUAAUACUGUCUUAAUUUGAUGUACACAAAUACUUAAUAUUAUCCUCAUUUUAAAAAUGUUUUUAACCAGUCAAUUUUUGAUCUUAUCACAAACAUACUGUAUGUUAUUCUUAAUGAAUCUGUUAUAAAUACUCUGUGUAGUUUCUAAGGUCUUAUUUAUUUAAACAAGUUUUAGUAAUGAGUAGCCACAAUUCUAAAAACGUGAGUGAAAGUAGAGUAAUAUGCUAGUAAUGGCUUCAUAAAAUGCAAAAUUGUAUGUUUUUAGUUGGAAGUAUAAUUUUUUUUUAAAAAGGUUUCACAUUAGUUACCCCACUUUAUUUUAUCCAUUGUGAGUAGAUAAACCCUGUGUUGAAAAUUAAACAUUUAAUACUUCUGUAAUAUUAUUUGGCAUUGAAUUAAUUUAUUAUGUUUUUGGUAGAAGUCUUUAAAAAAAGGAUAAACAAUCCUGCCAAACUUUGCUUUUAAAGUCUGUAAUAAAGCCUUCUUAUGUGAAUAAAAAAAUGUGAUGUGUUCCAUUUUUCGGUGCAGAGUUUUCUUCUUUAUGAGAGACUGAGUUAAAAGAAAACUAGCACCUGAAUACUUUGCAACUAAUCACUUGCAAGGUCUAAUUUCUUUAUUAAUUAGACUGUAAGAACAAGGGUUAGUUUAAAAGCCUUUGGUCACGAUUUAUUGUUUUUGCCCUACUGUGAAAUAAUCUAAUUGAUUUUUCUCAUACAGACCACUUAACAGUAAAAUGUAUCUAUUUUAUGAUGAAAUAAGUAUACACUUGGAAAAAAAG